GAUAAAGAUCGUCACACCCGGAAGAAUGACAAAUGUCAAACGCUUCGGGGUUCUGGUUCCUUCUUGAUUCGAAGUGGACAGAAACUGGACCAAAAUGGCGUCGUACUUUGAUGAACACGACUGUGAGCCCACCAACCCGGAGGAUCAGUAUCGACAGAAUGCUCUACUUGAACUGGCCAGGUCUUUAAUGCAGGGCCUGGACUUGAUGGACUCCGGGGUGUUUGAUUUGUCAGACUGGGACCAGCGGCUUCCUCCUCCAGCUGCCAAAGCUGCUGUUCAGACCCUCACUGUGGUCAUCGUUUCUCCAGAACAAGCAGACAAGGGGCUGAAGUGUCCGGUGUGUUUGCUGGAAUUUGAGGAGCAAGAGACGGUUCGAGAAAUGCCUUGCAAACACCUUUUCCACUCGGGAUGCAUACUGCCGUGGUUGGGCAAGACCAACUCCUGUCCGCUCUGCCGACUUGAAUUACCAACAGACAAUCCAGAAUACGAGGAGUUUAAAAAGGACAAAGAAAGAAGAAAACAAAGGGAGCAUCGUCUACAAGGCCUGCAUGGCGCCAUGUACACCUGAAGUCUUCCCCACUCAACGAGCGCUUUAAGAAUUGCUGCAUUCAGACUCAUCUGUAGAACGCCUAACUUCAGGCACGGGGAGGAAAUCAUCAAAUCAACUAGAUAUAUUGAGAAUUUAUGACGUAAUAUGUGCAGUCAAUGGAAAAAAAUCUACAAAAUCUAAAAGAUUUGGACAAACGGCUGCAAAUAUCUUUGGUUGUUUCAUUCACGAAGAAAAAAAAAAUUAGAUAAAUGUUUCAUAAAAUGAAACUUGAUCAAAUUUAGACCUAAAAUGUUUGUGAUGCUCUGAGAGUAACCACUUUGCAAUGAAAAGGCAGCUUCGUUUGGAGUAACGGUGCAUCAAUGUAGCAAAACACUGAAUAUGUUAAAAAGCUUUUUGUUUUUUUCUGUAGCUUUACAUUUUCAAAUGCUAAGUACUCUGAAGCAUGUUAGUCCAAAAUCUUGAGUUUAUACUAAAAUUUGUAAAGUUGAGGUGCACAAAUGACGCAUUUAUCAAAAAGAAAUAUUUCUGAAAGCUUAUUCUAAUCUAUGACCACUUUUUUACUGUUAUGUCAAAAGAUGUAAAAUCUAUAAAGCUGUCCUUUCUA